CAGGGGGCUUCUUUGUGUUGGAUUCAGCAGCAGCCUCUAAGCUGCAAACCCAUGGGUCCAUGCAAAUCUAGCUAUCAGUAAGUGUCAAACCCAGCAGCACCCUGUCUCCAGCUCUGCUCUCCUCUGCAGCUGCCCAACCAAAGACCCUCCAUAAGCAAGGAGUCCCCCACGACUAGUGCCCACCCUACAGAAGACAAAGGUGACCAGCAGGUAUCGCACCUCAUCCUUCCCGUGGGACGCUGAGUGGUUCAACAGAAUGGUGAAGCUGGGCAAUAAUUUUAGUGAAAAGGGGACAAAGCCUCCUAUCUGCGAAGAUGGAUUUGACACCAUCCCAUUGAUGACCCCUCUGGAUGUCAAUCAGCUACAGUUCCCACCCCCAGACAAGGUUGUGGUGAAAACAAAGACUGAGUAUGAACGUGAUCACAAGAAAGGGAAAUUCCGUUCUCCGAAAAUUGCUGAAUUUACAAUCAGUAUCAGUGAAGGAGUAUCUGAAAGAUUCAAGGUCACCGUCCUUGUUCUCUUCGCCUUGGCGUUCCUGGCGUGCGUGGUAUUCCUAGUAGUCUACAAGGUGUACAAGUACGAUCACGCCUGUCCUGAGGGAUUUGUGCUUAAGAGCAAUCGAUGCAUCCCUGCAGCUCUCGACAACUACUACACUGAACAGGAUACCAGCGCCCAAGGGAAGUUCUACACAGUCAUAAAUCACUACAACCUGGCCAAGCAAACCAUCACACGCUCCGUAUCCCCAUGGAUGACUGUUCUGUCAGAAGAGAAGCUCUCCGAACAAGAGACAGAAGCCUCCCAGAAGUCAGCUUAGCUGUACCCAUACAUUGGCUGUCAAUGUCAAGAGAACUCAAAAGGAACUUUAAAAUAAAAAAACAACAAAAAACAUCUAAAAUUAACUGCUCUGCCUCUAUGGCAAUAAAGUGGUUAAGAUUCAUUUAGAAAUUACUUGUAUUUAUGUUUAAGCAAAGCACGCUUCUGUAUAUGGUAUUGCUGUGCAUACAUAACUGUACAGAUCAUAAAUGGAUAUCCAUCAACAGCAAAUCAGACAUAGACAAACGAUUAACUUCCCAACAGCGAAGCUUGCUCAAUAAUUUUUUUUCUUUAUGGUUUUUCGAUUUUAUGUGGAUGAUUUGGUUGGGACAGAGGUGUCCUUAGAUAGAGUAUCAAUUUGUAGGAUAGUUUAGUUGCAACAGAAUAAAAAAAAAAAUUUGUCACAAGUUUAGAUGAAAAAAUUAAACAUGAUUACCGAUAGGACCGUAGCAAUCGUGUGUAGGUCAAGGUUGACUUAAAAAGACAAUCCCAACUGUGUCAAGGUCAUUGUCAACUUCAUAAGAACAGCUCAGUAGUGUAAAGGUUGCCCAACUAAGAUUAUACCAAUUAAGUCUAAGUAAAGGUUAAGGUUGAGUAGGUGAGAACAUACCAUAGCUGACUUUGUACGAUUAUACCAAUUGUUGAUCGAUUAUACCAAUUCUUGAUCAAGGUUGACAAGAUAAGACCAUACCAAUUUUGUCUAGGUCAAAGUUGACUUAAUACGAACACACAAUUGUGUUAAGAGUAAAUGUUGGCAAGCCACGACCAUCUCAGUUAUGUUUAGAUCAACUACAAAUGACCAUCUCAAUUGUGACAAGUUUGACUUGAUAUGACCAUCUCAGUUGUGUUUAGAUCAAUUACAUAUGACCAACUCUAUUAUUAAUAGGUUGGCUAGAUAUGACCUUACAGAUUGUGUGUAGGUUGUCAAGAUAUAACCAAUCCAGUUGGUCAAGAUUGCCUACAUAGGACCAUGCCAAUUGUGUCUAGGUUACGGUUGACUGGAUGCGAUUGUGCCUAUUGUGUUGAGAUCCAGAUUGGCUAAAUAAUAUAAUACCAAUCAUAUCUAGGUCAAGGCUAACUAUCUGAUUGUUUGCUUAAAGUGGAACCUCCUUAUGCUGGCCUCCUCCAGACAAAGUACACUUAUUUUUAGAAACAUAACCAAUGGAUAUUUUUAUUUUGUAUAGAGAUGCAUCACUCUCUAAAUAUUCAUGGCUGCAGGAGUAGGAAUCCCAAUCCUUUAAACAUGGAAGCAGCGACUACAGGUGGCAACACCAUAUACCAUUCAACACGGCUAUAUGCCAACUUCAUUUCUUAUACCUCUGCAGCAAUCCGGUCUAAUGAAGGUCCAAUGUGGCCCGAAACAUCAUAAUUUUUGGGAUUGCAAAUAAAGUUACCUUGAUUAAUUUCAAAAGUGGUGUGCUAAGUUUUAUCUACACAAUGGAUAUUUUUCUUUCUCACAUCUCAAUAAGAGUUAUAACCUAGAAAAUUAAUCCGCCUUAUCAUUUUUGCCAUUAUGUCAGCUCACAGAUCGGUUGGUGACUUAAAAGGAUUUUUUUUCCCCCCAGAAGCAAUAUCUAUUUCUGGGAAAUAACUUGGUAUUGACAUUGAACAAGAGGCUCGAAAGCUCAGUUUAUAGUUAUGGGCAUUUUCGUUUUCACACAUCUUUCCACUUUAUCAAAUGACAGAUAUAGUAGAUGCCAAGUGAGGCUAUGAGUGAAUUGGUCUAAACCUGUCAAUGUAAUCUUUCUUACUGGAUAAUGUUCUGCAUUUGCAAAAAUAAUACACAAAUGCAUACUUGGAAUGUAAAAUUCUGGAUAUUUUUUGGAUGUUUUUAUACUUGAGUUCUGUGAAGUAGCAGGAAAUUUCUUAUGUCAGUUGUGGUUGUAAUUCUAGAUGAUAAAAGCUGUGUUGCUGGUUAUGGUUUCAGUAAAUGAUUUCAAUGAUCAUUAAGAGUUUCGAGACUUCAUGUGUGGAUGAAAGGCAAGAAAUCAAGUGCAAAUAAAAAUGGGCAUCAAAUUUACCAUAGUACUUGGACCCAAUUUUAAAGUAAAAGAUCAUCUUUUAGCAUAAUGUGGUUUUUAGGUUUAUCAUUCCGUACAGAUUCAUUUCUUAAUAUACUGAAAAAGUUCCUUUUUUUUUAAACACGCUUUCUGCCUGCAGCCACGACUGAGGGAGGGAGAGCUUAUUGUAUAUUGUUUUAUUAUGGAGUCUAGAGAUGAGCGAAGUCACAGUGAUUCGAUUUGUCAUGGACUUCUCGGCUCGGCAGUUGAUGACUUAUCCUGCAUAAAUUAGUUCAGCUUUCAGGUGCUCCCGUGGGCUGGAAAAGGUGGAUACAGUCCUAGGAGAGAGUUUUCUAGGACUGUAUCCACAUUUUCCAGCCCACCGGAGCACCUGAACUAAUUUAUGCAGGCUAAAGUCAGCAACCGCCAAGCCAGUUAUAAAAUUAAAUCUUCCCCCUAGUGGCGGCCAUCCAGAAACAUGUUUAUUAUUAAACUUCAUGGCUAAGGAUUUAGAAGUUGGCAAAAAAAAUGUUUUUGACCAAUAUACAGAUAGUUGAAGAAAUUGGCGCAGACACUUGUACCCAUUGUAGUUAAAACAAAA